UUUUAACCUUUUCGUUUCAAACCUGGAAAUAAUUUGAGUGUUGAAAAUGAAUGAUUUUCUAACAGACUGAUUCUGAUCAAGUUUCUACAACUUGAACCUCUCUUGUCUAUUGUUCUAGUCCUUGUUUGCUUUUUCAUUGAUUUGUUAAUGAUGGUGGUGAAAAUGAUGUUGACUCUCUUUUAGCAGAAACGGGGAAGGAAAUAACCAUAACAGAUAUGCAGGACAAUAUCUCACAAUGCCAAGAAAUUUUAUCGUUAUUUUUGCCACUGGAUGAAGUGACCAUUGCUAGGAUAGUUGGUGUGAUUGUCCGUACACAAUCAGGUGACAAGAGUGUACACUCAAAAUUACUUGCUGAUCCUUGUGGCAACAAUACAUGGGAUCUAUCACAAAUGACUGAAUGGGAUGCCGACACUCUUAUUUAUGCAACAAAGCAACUCGCUCCUGAAUUGAACUGGAUAACUAUUAUGGAAAACCUAGAUCACGAGGGUUUCUAUAUUCCCAACGAAGCAGCUUUUUACUUUUUGAUGUCUGUUUAUAAACAUGCCAGCCAGGGUCACUUUCCUCUCAGAGCUAUUUGUGGCUCUAUCUGGAAGAAUGCUGAGGGUCAGAUUUCCUUACUUAAAUAUGCUGUCUCAGCUCCUCCGGAAGUAUUUACCUUUGCACAUUCUGGGAGGCAACUGGCCUAUGUUGAUGUUGUGAAUGACCAUAAGGUUCAAAUUGAACAUGCAAAUCAUGCGUGGUUGUGUCUUGACCUUCUGGAAGUUCUUUGCCAGCUGGCUGAGAGAGACCAUGCAAGUUCUGUGAGAUCCAUACUCGAGCACCCUCUGAAGUACUGCCCUGAAGUCUUGCUUCUUGGGAUGGCCCACAUUAAUACUGCAUCUAAUCUUCUCCAGCAAGAAGUUUCCUCUGCUGUUAUCCCAAUAUUACUGCAAAAUGCUGAUGCAAGUGGUAUGAUUGUUCAUCUGUGGCAUGUUAAUCCCAACAUAUUGUUGCGGGGUCUUGUAGAUGCGAUGAGCACUGACCCAAAAAACAUGAGCAGAUUUUUGGCUGCCUGUCAAGAGAUAAAGAUUCUAUCACCAAUACUAGAUAUGAUUCCAUAUCCAUUUGGUGUUAGACUUGCUGCCCUUGCUUCCUGCAAAGGACUCAUAGAUUUGGAGAAAUGGUUGAGCAGUAACUUGAACGCAUAUAAAGAUGCAUUCUAUGAGGAAUGCAUUAAGUUCUUGAAGGAGGUGCAUCUUGCUGCUCAAGUUGCUACUUCCAACCACUUCUGUUCUCCCAAUGCUCUUAGGACUAUUUAUUUGGAAACUUCUUCAACGUUCUUAAAGGUCCUCCAGUCUCAUUCUGGCCUAGUUUCUUCACCCCACUUAUCUGUGGAAAUGGAUAAGUUGCACGUAACAUACAUGGGAACUAAUUCACGGUUUAAGAGUUCUGGUUCUGCUGAUUUGUCAUCAUCUGAUUAUUAUUCUGAAGAUAUUGAAGCAGAAGCAAACUUGUACUUCCAUCAACUUUUCUCUGGUCAGGUAACUAAUGAUACAAUGAUUCGAAUGCUUGCUCAUUUGAAAGAAUCGACUGAAAAGAGGGAACAAGCAAUUUUCCGCUGCAUGAUCGUUAAGCUGUUAACUGAAUCUUUUGCCAAGUACCCUGUGAGGCAACUCCAAAUGUCUGCUGUACUCUUUGGAUCACUUAUUAAGAAUCAUCUCAUAACUGAUCAUACGCUUGGGAUUGCUUUGCUAGCCGUCUUGGAUGCAUUGCACGAGUGUCUUUUUUCAAAUAUGUUCGUUUUUGGUAUUGGGGCACUGGCACAAUUUGUUGACCGUCUGACUGAAUGGCCUUAUUACGGCAGCCUUAUCGUGAAAAUAUGGCUUCCGCAUGAAAUGCAUUCAGAUUUGGUUGUGCUCAUUGAGCAGGCUCUUGCCAGGACUUCACAGGCACAUGCAGGCCAUUGUCCUGCUGUAGACGAAGUACAUAAAGCAGAAGCAAGCUUGUAUUUCAAUCAGUUGUUCUCUGGUCAGCUGACUAAUGAUGAAAUGAUUGGAAUGCUAGCUCUCUUUAAAGAAUCAACUGAUAACAGGGAACGAGCAAUUUUUAGUUGCAUGAUUGUUUUGCUGUUCCGUGAAUUCAAACUGUUCGCCCAUUUCUCAAAGAGGCUACUCAAAAUUUAUGCUGUUUUUUUAGGGUCUCUUAUCAAGAAUCAACUUCUAACUAAUCAUACUCUUGAUAUUGCUUUGCAAAAUGUCUUGGAUUCAUUGCGUGAGCCUGCUGAUUCAAAGAUGUUUUAUUUAGGUAUUAGGGUGUUGGUGCAGUUUGUUGACCGUGUGAUUGAAUGGCCACAAUACUGCAAUCGGAUCGUGCAAAUAUCUCAUGUACGUUCAAGUCAUCCAGAGCUUGUUGCAUUUGUUGAGCGUGGACUUUCAAGAGUUUCACAGGCACAUGGAAGUCAGAGUUCUGCUGAUGAUGGUUAUUAUGCUAAUGAUAUUGAAGCAGAAGCAACCUUGCACUUCCAGCAAAUGUUCUCUGGUCAGCUGACUAGUGAUGCAGUGAUUCAAAUGCUUGCUCAAUUCAAAGGAUCAACAGAUAAUAGGCAACAAGCACUUUUCCAGUGCAUGAUUGUUAAGCUUUGUAGAGAAUACAAAAUUUAUGCCAUGUACCCAGAAAAGCAACUGAAAAUUGCUGCUGCUUUCUUAGAGUCACUUACUAAGAAUAAGCUCAUAACUCAUCCUACGGUUUGGAAAAUUUGUAAUCAAGCUUUGCGAGCUGUCUUGGAUGAAUUGCAUGAGAUGUCUGUCCCUGGGACUGUUAAGUUUGAUCGAAGGACCUAAGGUGGACUCGAAGGAUAUAUGUUUGAACCACUGACUUCAAUAUACUAUGAAUUUCGUAUCUUGUGAAUAGUUUAAUUUGCUAGAAUUCUUAAGUGGUGCAUUUAGAAUUUUGGCAUCAACUUCUGAUGGUUAUUGAAAUGAAAUAGAAUUCAUCUCUUUGCUCUUUUUGGAAAAUCAAGAGCUUAAAUUAUCUAUCAUCUUUCCUCUCUGAA